AUGCACGCAGCAGCAACAGCAGCGCAAGCAGCUAAACGCGGAAAGCUGCGGUUUGACGACUCCCGCUACUUGCCACCUCCGGAUGCGUUACCGCGAGAUCCGGUCACUGAGGUAAUGAAGAGCGUCGACUUACCGCAUCUUGAUCGACAACAGACACAAAUCAUCCGGGACUAUCACACAUCAAGACUGCCAACCGAUACUGAUUUAGCGAGGGCGAAAGGCUCGCCUGCAGAGAGACUGAGAAGUGUGCCAUCGAAAAUGACCGAGAUGAUGCAAAUGCUGCCACCCGGUUACAAUAUUAGUGAAAUACCAAAAUCUGUGGUUGAUGCGCUAUUUCGUGGAGAAACCAACAAGACGAUGGAGGAAAUCCUACACAGUUUGCCAACAUUUGAACGACCAAUUAUGCCAACGUAUGUCCCAUACGAUAUCAAUGACGUGAGCAACGAUUUCACACAAGUUAAUCAACAAGCUGAAAAACUGGUUCGGGUUCAGUACUAUACUGCCUUACUGCUCGGUUUCGUUGGUGCAGUUUCGUUAGCAGUGUUGAGCUUAAUCUGUAUAUAUAUCAAGCGUAAACGCCUUGUUGAUACGGAACCGGAUAUCGAUGAAGAUUCGUUAGUAGAUCCUACUCAAAUGGCGCAUACACGGCAAACAGCGCCUGGCACACCGAAAAUGAAUCAAUUUCGCGAUCAAGCAAAAUAUCGUCGACAUCCUGCUAAUGUAUAA